AUGGCUUCAGUGAAAUCUUGUGUGUGGACCGCUGUUGGGAUUUUGUGUUUAUUGGGGCAGAUUUUGGGUCUGGACAAUGGGUUAGCCUUGACGCCUCCUAUGGGAUGGCUGGCUUGGGAGAGAUUCCGGUGUAAUACGGAUUGCAAGAAUGAUCCUGAUAAUUGUAUAAGUGACCGGUUAUUCCGUACGAUGACUGAUAUCCUGGUGUCGGAAGGUUAUGCGGCAGCUGGUUACGAGUACAUCAACGUCGAUGACUGCUGGCUCGAGAGGGAAAGAGACCCACGCGGUAAACUGGUGCCUGAUAGAGAACGGUUUCCAUAUGGAAUGAAGAGUUUGGCUGACUAUGUCCACAGCAAGGGUCUGAAGUUUGGUAUUUAUGAAGAUUAUGGCAACUUCACUUGCGCUGGAUAUCCGGGGGUCGUCGGCCAUCUUGCUGGUGACGCUGCAACAUUUGCAGCUUGGGGAGUGGAUUACGUAAAGCUAGAUGGAUGCUAUGCGCUGCCAGCAGACAUGGACCAGGGCUAUCCAGAUUUUGGAAGACAGCUGAACCUGACUGGGAGACAAAUGGUGUACUCUUGUAGUUGGCCGGUCUAUCAAAUAUACGCGGGGCUACAGCCAAAUUUCUCAUCAAUCAUCGAGCACUGCAACCUCUGGCGGAACUUCGACGACAUUCAAGACUCUUGGGCGUCCGUCGAGUCUAUCAUAGACUAUUACGGAAAUCACCAGGACGUCAUCGUGCCGAACGCCGGUCCUGGCCACUGGAACGACCCAGAUAUGCUCAUCAUUGGAAACUUCGGUCUGUCAUACGAGCAAAGUAAAACUCAGUUCGCGAUUUGGGCGAUACUGGCAGCGCCCCUGUUAAUGAGUGUGGACUUGAGAACGAUUCGGCCGGAAUACAAGGCGAUCCUGCAGAACAGGAAGAUCAUUGAAGUGGACCAAGACCCCUUGGGGAUACAGGGCAGGAGGAUCUAUAAGCACCGAGGCAUUGAAAUCUGGUCGCGACCUAUUAUACCCAUCCAGGGACAGUACUACUCGUACGCUGUAGCGUUUGUGAACAGACGGACGGACGGAACGCCCUCAGACGUCGCAGUCACUUUGCGGGAGCUUGGACUUAACAAUCCGUCUGGAUACAGAGUUGAGGACUUAUACGAAGAUGUGGAUUAUGGAGUACUCUCGCCACAGACUAAGAUCAAAGUGAAAGUGAACCCCUCAGGUGUCGUGAUUCUUCGAGCAGACGCGCAGCCAUCUUUCGCAUACAACGCAAUACCGACCCGGACUCCGUACUCACCACUCAACGACGUAUUUAGACUCACGAAGAAAUAA